GGGAAGGAGGAUGGAAAAUGCAGGUCUAGCAUGUAGAGAUAAAAUAGCUGCCAAGCCUCUGGAGAGAGAAACAGCCGGACCAGGGAGAAAGAGAAGCUGUCAGAGAGGCAGGGGAAAAGAAAGGGAGGAGAACGAGAGCAAAUGACUGUGGACCAUAGUGAUAUCUGAAUGUGGACAUUCAGGCAGCUCCACACACAAGAGAGACACAUUCGUCUGCUCUCAUUUAUUCUGAGCCAUCCCAAACAAUCCGGUGUUCAUCUGGAGUCAUCUGAAGAUGACACUGAAGAUGAGGACACCAUCUAUACUCAUGACUGCUUACUCUUCUUCUUCUAUGCCAUCCAUCCUCCACCAGAGCCUGAAGAGCAACUCCUCUGAACAGCCAAGUCCCUGGCUGAACAGCAGCACCUGGCCACCCCUCAAAUAUUCAGGUUUAGGGAUGUCCUGCUUCACUAUGACAUUUGGUGCCAUCUCCAACCUCAUGGCUCUGGGCAUUCUGGCUAAGUCCAGUGUCCGAUUCCGGCGCCAAUCCAAAGCACCAUUUCUGCUACUAACAGUGGCUUUGCUUUUGGCUGACCUGGGAGGUCAUGUGAUCCCAGGCGCCUUUGCCUUGUAUCUGCACAUGGAUCAGAGGUCUAAAAUACAGGCCAGGAAGCCCACCAAGGAAAUCUGUCAGAUCUUUGGGGCAAGUAUGGUGUUUUUUGGCUUAUGCCCUUUGCUGUUGGGUUGUGCCAUGGCAGUGGAGCGCUGUGUGGCCAUCACCCAGCCCUUUUUCCACGCUGCUAUGAUCACAUUGGCUCACGUGCGGCGAGUUGUGUUAUUUCUGUCCUCUCUUGCACUUGUGAUGGCAGUUCUACCUUUAUUUGCUGUGGGGACUUACACUACCCAAUCUCCUGGGACAUGGUGUUUCUUGCCUAUCAAUGGUCCACAGUCUACAGCUGACACCAAUCUGGCUCUGGCCUUCUCAUGUCUGGGCCUCACUGCACUUACUCUUUCCCUACUCUGCAACAUCCUGAGUGGUCUUACACUGCUGCAGGCCAGAAUGAAGUCCCACGAUAUUAAUACAGAUUCAUCAGAUCACUGUACUCGUCAUGCAUCGUCCGCAUCAUCUUCCUCCUUGUUUUGUUCGUUAGAUGUGGAGAUGAUGGUGCAACUGGCAGUGAUCACUGUGGUUUCCUGUGUAUGCUGGAGUCCCUUUCUUAUCAACAUUCUUGUGAUGCAGUUCAACCAAAACCAUGGAACCUCAACCUACAAUACAGAUGUGUUAAUUCUUCUGGGUUUACGUAUGGCCUCCUGGAAUCAGAUCUUGGAUCCUUGGGUUUACAUAUUACUGAGGAGAGCAGUGCUUUUAAGAGUUUGCCGUGCUUUCUACACACAGAGACCCACAGUGACUGUGAAUAGCUCCUGUGCAGACGCAGGCAGGCAGACCUUCAGUCUGCAAUGACCAUGUUGCUGUUGGACUUUUUCUGUUAUGGACUGAAAUAAAUUAUUUCUUUCAUGUGUGUUGUGAAAAAUUAAUGCAAGGUUUGCUGUAUUAUUUUCAAAAGGGCCUCGUGAGGUCCAUAUUCAGCAAGCCAACAGUCUACAAGGUAGCAGUGUGAAUAAAGGAUGGAAACAUACUUUCACAACAUUUCACAACAUUUAGUUAGUAGUCUGUGCC